AUCAACUAUUAGCAAACAGUGAAUCCCACACCUUUUAAGCUCUUCCUCUCUCUACAGUUCCUCUCUCAUCAACUACUACUAUUAGUUUACAGUGAAUUCCACACCUUUUAAGCUCCCCAUGCUUCAACAUAUCCUCACUACACCUCCACACGAACUCCACUGAAAAUAUCUCAUAACAAUUCCUCUCAAUUUUUGUUACACUUACCGUUUAUAACCCUCACUGCUAGCGCAUAAUUGUCCCGAAUUUUGCCCUAUUCCGCUUGUUUCCCGGUGGUAUUUUGCUGUGAGAUGAGAGAUCUGGCUGUCAUGAAUUAAGGCGCCUGAACCAAUGGAUUCUCCCGAGGUUUUGAUCAAAGGGUGUAACGACGUCGGCGGUGCCGAUCCCGCGCCGGGGAACAUGAAUUCCGACGCCGGGAGAGCGGUGGAUGCUGAGAGAGCGUUGUACACAGAGCUGUGGAAGGCGUGUGCGGGGCCGCUGGUGACGGUGCCGCGCGAAAAUGAACUUGUAUUCUACUUCCCACAGGGGCACAUCGAACAGGUGGAGGCAUCGACAAAUCAGAGCUCGGACCAGCAGAUGCCAGUGUACAAUCUUCCUCCGAAGAUCCUUUGCCGAGUGGUUAAUGUCCUUUUGAAGGCUGAAGCGGAUACUGAUGAAGUGUUUGCUCAGAUUACCUUGAUGCCUGAAGCAAAUCAAGAUGAAAAUGCAGAGAGGAAAGAACCACCUCCUUCUUCUCCACCACAUCUCCGUGUCUAUUCUUUUUGUAAAACUCUUACUGCAUCAGAUACUAGCACUCAUGGUGGAUUCUCGGUCCUCAGACGGCAUGCUGAUGAAUGUUUGCCACCACUGGACAUGUCACGGCAACCUCCAACCCAGGAGUUAGUGGCCAAAGAUUUGCAUGGACAAGAGUGGCGAUUCAGGCACAUAUUUCGUGGUCAACCACGCAGGCACCUUCUUCAGAGUGGUUGGAGUGUCUUUGUUAGUUCUAAGAGGCUGGUUGCUGGGGAUGCCUUCAUAUUUUUGAGAGGUGAGAAUGGAGAACUGCGUGCUGGAGUGAGGCGUGCCAUGAGACAACAGGGUAAUGUUCCAUCAUCUGUCAUAUCUAGCCACAGCAUGCAUCUUGGUGUCCUUGCAACAGCUUGGCAUGCUAUUCAGACCAAUACCAUGUUCACUGUUUAUUACAAGCCCAGGACUAGCCCAGCUGAAUUUAUUGUUCCUUAUAAUCAAUACAUGGAGUCCAUUAAACAAAAUUAUUCAAUAGGAAUGCGAUUCAAAAUGAGAUUUGAAGGUGAAGAAGCUCCAGAACAGAGGUUUACUGGAACUAUUGUUGGUUCUGAGGAUGCAGAUCCAAAUAGAUGGAAAGAUUCUAAAUGGAGAUGCCUUAAGGUGCGGUGGGACGAAACUUCAGCAAUUGUUCGACCUGAGAGAGUUUCACCCUGGAAAAUAGAACACACACUUUCUCCUCCUGUAUUAAAUCCGGUUCCAGUGCCCAGACCUAAAAGGCCUCGAUCAAGUGUCCUACCCUCAUCGUCUGAAACCUCUGUGCUUACUAGGGAAGGUCCUACAAAGAUGACUGCUGACCCUGCACCUGCUAACCAUGGGUUCCCAAGGGUCUUGCAAGGUCAAGAAUCAUCGACCUUGAGAAGCCCUUUCUCUGAGAGCAUUGAAUUGGACUCCCCUGAAAAGUCGUAUUUGUGGAAGCCAACAUUAGAGGAAGAGAAGAUUGAUGUUUCUGCUUCAAGAAGAUAUGGAGCAGAUAACUGGUCACCUUUAGGGCGCCCAGAGUCGUCAUUUACAGAUCUGUUAUCAGGAUUUGGCUCAAAAACUAAUGCACACCGUGAUUUCAGUAUGCCUAUUGGCAAUCAAUCAAAUCCUAAGCGACAGACACAGGAGUGCGAUGCAAAGUUUAGCUUAAUGGGGAAUAUUUGGUCGAUAAUGCCUUCUGGUCUCUCAUUUAAUCCAAUGGAUUCUAGUACAAAGAAUCAUGUUCAAGGAACUGACACUUCUUUUCUUGCUCGUGGAGAUAGUAGACAUGGAGCCUUUAGAGACUUUUCCAUGAUUAAUGAUCUUAGAGGUGACAAUCAAGGAGCAAACUGGUCUAUGCCCCCUCCUGUUUCAACAUACCUUCAAAUGAGAACUUCUCAGCCUAGAGAGUUGAUGCCGAAGCCUGUAUUUGCAGAGAAACAAGAUACCAUGAAGCAAAAGGAAGGGAACUGCAAGCUCUUUGGUAUUCCCCUCAUAAGUAAAUCUGCACCUUCAGAACCAGAAAUCUCAAAUAGAAAUGUGCUAAACUCACCUGGUUUUACUCCAAACUCUGGACAUUCUCAUCAAUUCCCUGCAUUUGAAUUGGAUCAAAAGUCUGAUCAAUCAAAGGGAUUGAAAGCAGGAGAUCAUGGAGUUGCUGCUGGCGAGCAAGAGAAUCAAUUCCCGUCCUUCCCUCCUUCAGGAACAGAGAGAGAAACCAAAGGUCAUUCUGGUUCAUCCAGGAGUUGCACCAAGGUUCAAAAGCAAGGGUCCGCCCUUGGUAGGUCUGUGGAUCUGGCCAAAUUUAACAAUUAUGAUGAAUUGAUAUCUGAAUUGGAUGAUCUCUUCGAAUUUGGGGGCGAACUCAAGGCUAGGAACAAGAAUUGGCUAGUUGUGUACACUGAUGACGAGGAUGACAUGAUGCUUGUUGGAGAUGAUCCUUGGGGGGAGUUUUGUUGCAUAGUCCGCAAGCUCUUAAUCCUUACAAAAGAGGAAAUGCUACGUAUGAACCCAGGGACCUUACACUCAAAGGGGGAGGACACUUCAUCUUUCGCAGACGGUGUAGAUGCUAAUGUCCAGAGUUUUCCAUCAUUGAGCCCAGAUGACUAUUAGUUAUGCUCUAUCCUGGUGUGUUGAAUCAUGGUGUGACUGUAUAUUCCAUCUGACCGUUGAAUCCUGGGAAAAGUUGAAUGGUGAGAUGUGAGUGGAGUCCCUUCAGCAUGACGACCAGAUGCUCUUAUAUAUAGAUACACCUAAGAAAUUUCAAUUUUGGAUCCCUUGGUACAUAAUGUGUUUGACAUUAUAUUAGAUUGGUAUGUGCCACCAGAUGUUCAACCUCUGUAAAUAGGCGCCAGUCGAAAAAUCUGCAGCAUGGAUGUAAUGCAGAAGAAUAGUUAAGGGUUUGUUCCUGCAGAAUUGGUGGUUUAAUGUGUAGGGGUAUAUAGUGUGUUGCCGGCAUUACUAUAAAUCUGGUUGGCCUACGAGGUGAGUACAUAUUAUAUCUGCACUCAUGUACAGCUAAAUAGUUUGUGAUCUGGUUUUAAUCUGCACAAUGUUAAAUUUAUUUCAAGAAUUGGUCAGCUGUUUUAAUCUUACCCAAUCAUACUUUACUUAAA